ACACCCUGUGAGCUGUUUGGAAGAAUCUUCUGUAAGAUGAACUUCUUCCUGGAAACACUCCUUGUCAUUGUGAAGUUACUCUAUCUGACUCUGGAGUCUCUGUUAUUACUAUUUAUCCCUGUACGGAAGAAGAGUGUUGCUGGUGAAAUAGUGCUUAUAACAGGAUCUGGAAGUGGAAUUGGAAGGCUUAUGGCUUUAAAAUUCUCCAAGCUUGGAGCCACUUUGGUUCUGUGGGAUAUUAAUCAAGACGGGAACAAAGAGACGGCCAGACUGUUGAAAGAAAAUGGAAGUGUGAGAGUGCAUGACUACACGUGUGACUGUAGCAAGAAGCAGGAGAUCUAUCGAGUGGCAGAUCAGGUUAAAAAGGAAGUCGGUGAUGUUAGUAUCCUAAUUAACAAUGCUGGAAUUGUAACUGGGAAGAGAUUCCUUGAUUCUCCAGACUCACUGAUAGAGAAGAGUAUGGACGUGAACACAAUGGCAAACAUCUGGACUUGCAAAGCGUUUCUUCCAGCAAUGAUGGCCGCUAAUCAUGGGCACUUAGUAACUAUUGCUAGUGCAGCUGGUUUGGUUGGAACCAGUGGACUGACAGAUUACUGUACAAGUAAAUUUGCAGCUGUUGGCUUUCUUGAGUCUUUAGGAGCAGAGAUGAGACACUUGGGGAAGACUGGCAUUAAAACCACAACUGUCUGCCCAUAUUUCAUUUCCACAGGGAUGUUUGAAGGCUGUAAACCAAAAUUGAGACGCUUGAUGCCUUUUCUAAAGCCAGAAUAUGCAGCGGAGAGAAUUGUGACCAGUGUUCUGAGGGAGGAGUCCUGUGUGAUCAUACCACAAGCUGUAUCCUUUUUACUUAAAAUGAAAUGUUUGCUACCUACAAAAAUGUCAUAUGUCAUCGGAGAUUAUAUUGGAUUUUUCAGUUUUAUGGACACUUUCAUAGGCCGGGGAAAGAAGAAGUGAAUACUGUAAAUUUCUGAAAUCUUCAGCAAAAAAAUCCAAACUUUUUCUUCAGGAAUAUUAAUCUGUGUUUCAGUACGUCUAUGGGACCCUGUUUUGCCAGAUUUUUUCCCUUGGUGAACCUGUAUGCACAAUAAAUCAGGGUUAGGUUGGAUCAUGUUUAGUCUUAUUUGGUAAUGAAUUACAGUGGUGGAGGUGUAUGGCUGACCUUAAACACAACUGUCUUCAGAAUAUCAUGACAUUUAGCCCGUAUAUUUUGUGUGUGUUCAUGCAUGCACACACUUCAUUGCAUUUAAUCAUUGAACCCAUGGGAACAAAUAUCUUUUGGAUGUUUGUCAGCUUUUCUAGCUGUGUCUUUUAACAUAUAAAUUAAACAAUCUAUUUUUUUAAUGUGACAGAUCUACUCUCAUCCCAAGGAUGUGUGAAUUGUUUUAGAACCAGUGAUUGAGCCAUUAUACCUAUAAUGUCCCACCCUCUGUGGUAGAGCUCUAACAAUCUUAAAAUUUCUGUGUGCGACUAUGUUCCUAAUAUUUUUCCACACGAGUUGAUAGCCAUAUAAACUAAGCUUGUUGUUCUUUCAAUCUGUUAAAAACAUCUUCAUUAUUCUGUAUGCUAA